UUGAAACCCUCAUGAGCUUAUGAGCCUCAUGAGUAAGACUGUCCGCCAUUUUCUAUCAGAGGAUUAGAAAAAUAAACUUAUUUCUCCUCUUUUUACUUAACUACGUUUUAAAGCGAUUUAGAUAAAAAAUGACUCAACUAAUCAGAUGGAAUUGUCUCGGGGCCAGUUUCUCAUUUGUGGGUCUCUAGCAAAAAUAUAACUCAAAGUGUACUUUGUAUAUAUAGUGUUUUGUAAAAGCUGUGUGUGUUUAAGCGUACAUUCUUAGUGUGUGCUGACGAGUUUCUCCCCCACUUUAGAGUACAUCUGCGGCAGGCGUGGUCAUUUAUUCAUGAUUCUUACAACUGCUUACGGCUUUGAAACACGCUGUAAACUUAGAGCGUCUUCUAAUCGGUGAGGACAGUGAAUGUGUGAUGCAAAACGUAGACUGUAUUGUAAAUUAAUUGUCAUACAAGUGAACCGAAAAUUUGGCGAGUUGACGUGUCGGCGUGAAUCAUCGGCAAGUACAACAUAAUCAGUGUUUCGAGUUUGGACAUCAAUCUACAUCUACUUUAAAUGAGACAAUUUCUAAUAUGUAUAUGAAUGACUUUCUUGGAACUCUAAACAAACUAAACAAUAUAAUUGUGUACGUCUGAAGAAACAGAAGAAUAUAGCAACAUUUAUCAAACAAAUAAGGAUAUAAUGUCUACGGAAAAUCAUAACGGCAGUACACCCCACGCAAAUGGAAGUAUAAAGUCUGCCAUCGGUGGCAGCUUGACUUCUAGCGUUCCUAUCACAGCGUCCAUCACCACUGCAAGAACAACGUCAAAUAAUACAUCCUUCCUCUACAGCAGCAAUUCCACAUUAAAUCGAGAAAAAUCAAGACAAGCACCACCACCGACUUUGCCAAAGUACACAUCUAGUUUCAAUGCUGGGACAAACGGCAACACUGACAGACUUGUUAGGGAUCGAGAAACUGGAAGCAGUUAUAGACUUGCAAGCUUAGAUAGACUUGCAUUGAGACAAAGGAUACUUGACAGUGAAAAAGCCAACGGUGAAAUAGCUAACUCGAUGCAAACAAAGCGUGAGUUAUUCUUUAAAGGGGAUAGUGGAUUAACAACAUCACCUUCAGUACCGUCUGUACCACCUCCACAACCACCAGCAAAUGUUAUGUCUACGACAGGAGCCUCUAUAACAACAUCAACUACUACUACAUCUGCAAUAACAACAACAACAAUGACGACGGCGAUUACGACUUCAGUAUCUUCGUCAGUAGUGCCUCCGAUAGCAUCUGUAAAACCCCGUUUACCCCAAAACAGCGUUAAUUCUAAUCAAAGUGAUCAUUUAGAAGACAGUAAUAAAAGAGAGUCCAUCCGUAAUGACAGUAAUAAAGAAUCUGCCUUGCAAAUUCAUUUACGUCCGGCUGUUCAACCAACUAAGCCUAAGGAGCUUGAUGGAUAUGUAGGAUUUGCUAAUUUACCAAAUCAAGUUUAUAGGAAAGCUGUUAAAAAAGGGUUUGAAUUCACUUUAAUGGUUGUUGGUGAAUCGGGCUUGGGGAAAUCAACAUUAAUAAAUUCCAUGUUCCUUGCUGAUAUUUAUAGCGCAGAAUAUCCAGGACCUAGUCUUCGAGUAAAAAAAACUGUUGCUGUGGAAACGAGUAAGGUACUUUUAAAAGAGAAUGGAGUGAAUUUAACCCUUACUGUCGUUGAUACACCAGGUUUUGGAGAUGCUGUUGAUAAUAGUAAUUGUUGGGUUCCAGUCAUUGAGUUUAUAGAAUCCAAGUAUGAGGAAUUUUUAAAUGCUGAGUCUCGCAUAGUCAGAAAACAAAUACCAGAUAGCAGAGUACACUGUUGUCUUUAUUUUAUUUCACCGUCGGGUCAUGGGCUGAAACCACUGGACGUUGAAUUUAUGCAACGUCUUCAUGACAAAGUUAAUAUUAUUCCUAUCAUAGCGAAAGCUGACACUAUGACGCCAGAAGAAUGCACACACUUCAAGAAACAGGUGUUAAAUGAAAUAGCACAACAUAAGAUAAAAAUUUACGAGUUUCCUGAACUCGAAGAAGAAGAGGAAAACAAACUGCACAAAAUUUUAAGAGAUAGAGUACCAUUUGCCGUUGUUGGUGCAAAUACUGUUAUUGAACAUGACGGCAAAAAAAUACGUGGUAGAAAGUAUCCAUGGGGAGUUGCUGAAGUGGAAAACUUGGAGCACUGUGACUUCAUCGCAUUGCGAAAUAUGGUGAUAAGAACGCAUUUACAGGACCUCAAAGACGUAACAAAUAAUGUUCAUUAUGAAAAUUUCCGAUGUCGUACGUUAGCUGGACUUGGUGUUGAUGGAAAACCUACAAGAGUUACAAAUAAUUUGUGCCCUCCCGGAGUGAUGAACAGUUUCAUGACAGUGUGGAAUCCAUUGGCACAAUUGGAAGAAGAAAAACGAGAGCAUGAUACGAAAAUGAAAAAAAUGGAAAUGGAAAUGGAACAAGUAUUUGAAAUGAAAGUCCGUGAAAAGAAACAAAAAUUGAAAGAUUCUGAAACGGAUUUGCAAAGAAGACAUGAACAAAUGCGACGUUCUCUAGAGCAACAGCUGCGUGAAGUAGAGGAAAAAAGACGAGCUUUCGAAGCAGAUAAACAAGCAUGGGAGCAGCAAACUGGUCAAAGUAUUGAAGAAUUACGUAGACGUAGUUUGGACGCUAAUUCAAAAGAGACUAUUGAUGGCAAGGACAAAAAAAGCAAGAAAAAAGGACUCUUCUAAAUGCACUUAUGUUUUUAUCGUAUCAACCAAAAAUAAUACUUACAAGAUAAAUAUAAAAGAGAAAAUAACGAAUACUGAUAACUUUCGCUUACAAAAUAUUAUAGCCAUAAUUGACUCGAGUCAAAAAUCGGUCUCAUCAUAGUUAUACAGACUCUGUCGUGCACAGUUUAAUUACUAUUUUAUGUAAAAAAUAAUUUGAUAAGAUUGGGGAAUUUUAUACAUAAUAAUUAAUGAAUUAUAAUUAGAUGAUUAAAGAUAAAUAGAUAUUAGAAAAAAUUCAUGAUAAAAACUCGGAAACUUUUCUACAGGCUUUUGACUGAUUUCUUUUAACAUUCUCAUGCGCUGACGAGAAUAAUAUUCAGUAAAUUUAUAUUUGCAACUGUUACUUAAAUAGUAGCAUUAAUUAUAUAAUAAAUAUAUAUAUAUUAUAUAUAAAUGUAUAAAUAUAUAGUCAUUUAUAAAACUUAGGACUUUACUGUAAUAUGUUUGCAGAAAUUAUCAAUUGUUUUGCAUUUCUUUUUUUAUAUUUAUAUUUUUUGCACAAUGAUCUAAAAUAAUGAAAUGAGUGUUUGUAAGUAAAAUCUAAAAAAUGAAGAAUUAUCUCUUCGAAUAAAAAAAACGCCAGUUAAAUAUGCAUCAAUUCAGCCAACGAUAUAAAUAAAUUAGAUAAAUAUUUAAAUUAGGUCGUGAAGUGAAGAAAAUUGUCAAUAUAUAUAUAUAUAUAUAUAAAUACAUAUAUAAUUGAUUAGAUGUAUCUUUGUUCAGUGAAUCAAUUAUUAUUAUUAUAUCUUAUUUACUUUUUUUUCAAUUAUCGUAAUUAACUUUUUUGAAUUACGUAUGAAGGCCAUUAAAAAAACGUCUAGUAUUUAUUUAGUAACGAUAGUAUUCUAUUAGUUCCUUAAAUAUGCUACUAAUUUGAAAAUAAUUUUGUAAAACACGUUCGCAAGUAAAUUAUUAUGUUAAAUAAUCAUGUGCUGUUAAUUCAGAUAUGAUACAAUUAAUUUAAACAAAAUACUGCCAUAAUAGCAAUGUUAUUUGCUUAAAAAUGAAACGAACUUUAUUGUGUAUUCGAUUUAUUGAUUAUAUUAAUACGUAAUCAUAACAAUAAAAUUUAUUCUUAAUGAAAAUAAAACGUGCCAAACGAUGUAACAUAUUAUUUAAAAACAUUGAACACUGAUCAUAAUUGUCUAUUUUUUACUUAAUUUUUAUUCUCAAUAAUAUAUAAGUCAAUUUUCGUGCCAAUAGAACAUUGUUGUGUUGGAUGAUCGAUUACGGAUGAAUAUUUCGCAAGAUAAAGAGCAGAAAUAAAAAGAAAAUAGUUCAACUUUCACUUGUGAAUAAAAUAUGUAGCUUUUUUUCUCUAA